UGUAGGAGGUGGGUGUGUCACUUUGAAUUGACUAACUCAGCACUUCAGUGUACAUUUACAGGCCUCCUUUAUGCCAGGCCUGGGCCAUGAAGAGGAAGCCACUGUCUGUGCCAAGGAGCUCACAGUCUGGUGGGGAAGUAGCCACUGGAGCGGACAGAGUCAGGGCCUGGGAUGCCAGCCACAGGACCCAGCUCUGACAGCGAAGCAGAAAGAUGAGAAGCCCGACAGCCACAGACACAAACCCAGAGCCUAAAUUCUCAUGUGCUGUGUCCCAUGAAACCUCGCUUCGUUAUGUUCUUCCUGGAGAUCUAAUCUUUCCAAGAUCUGGCCAGCUACGGCUUUGGGAAAGUCAGCCCCUGUGCCAGGUGAUGGACUCAGAGAAGGAGUGGAAAGAGAUGCGGGGAAACCGGGGAUGGGGGCAGGCAGGAGAGCCACAGGGAGAGGGAAAAACACAGGUCUCCCCCUCUUGCUUCAGUAAAAGCCAUUAUUUCCCAAGAAUUCUGAGAGCCACAGUCCCAGCAAAUAAAUCAAUAGUUUCAAAGGAUUUGCAAGAAUUAGUGAACCAGAGCCAGGAGUACAAUCAGUUUAGUUAUCCAGGUAGAGAAGGAAAUGAAAUGGAAACCUCAGAUGCCAGGAGCUAAUGACAGCUAAGAACACAGCGAAUCCAUCCAGGGAGGAGUCACAGCUGGGAGGAUGUGGGGUUGCGGUGUGGGGGGAGAGGGAGAGGGAGAGAGUGUGUGUGUGUGCGUGCGUGUGCAGAGACCCCUCUCUGCCCACCCUGUGCCCUUCAUGGUCUUCCAGGAGCAUCUGCCCCUGGUUCUCUGUCUGUGCCCACCCCUCCUGCCCAUCCUGGCCCAGGUCAGUUUAGGGAAACACACCUGCCUCCUGCGAUUUCAGGGAAGGUAAAAGCCCAAGGCUCAUUUCUAGUUUCUCAUAUUUCUAACGACCUUUUAAGAUUAUACAAGUAAUCUCCACAUCAUUAUAGUAUUAGGAAAUCAUAAUAGGCAUGAAAGAAGUAAGUGGAACUGUGCUCUCCAGGUGAUGAGCCCCCGCCGCAGGCCCUGGCACAGAGUCAGGGGGUCAGGUCUGCCUUAGAAGGCCCUGGGGGGUGGGGGAGGCCAUGUGAUGGUGGGGAGCCAGCCCCUCCUCCUGCCAGGGGUGCCUCUGUGCAGCAGGCCUGGUGCCCAGCACACACCCCUGCCCAUCACACCAGUUGGCGAGUCCACGUCCUCCCUCUGUUCCUCUUUCCAGGCCAGGAGAGGGCCAGACACUGGGGCUUGCAGGCUUUUCUCUGGUAGGCGCUGCCCAGUGAAGAAUGCUGGAUUUCUGGAAAUGCCUAAAGCACUUCAGUGCAAUUGCUGCCAGGGCCUGAUCUCAUGAGGUCUCAGAAAGGACCAACAGGUGGGCUAUACAAACACCUUUCCUCCCAUUCCCCAGGCUGCGCCUGGUCCCCCAAGUUCCAGGCUAAUUCCUCUUCCUGGAUGUGUGAUUUGUGCCUGCUGAAUCCAGUCUUCCAGUUAUCCUGGGAGCUCAGGUAGAUGGAGCCACUGCCUUUCCCUCCUCUCAUAUUCUCAGAGCCCUGUGCAGCCUCUGGCACACACUGGGCUCCAUGUGAUGGUGGACAUGAUGGAGACCCCAGAUGCAGGCAAGAGAGGCGUGACUGGGCACAUAGCCUGUGCUCCUUCUCUUCUAGCUCAAUUCACCCAGCACGGGACCUUUCACAUGUCCCUUCCAUUUCUGCUGUGCUUCUGGCUUUCCUGAAACCCCUCUCUGCCUGGGACCCUCCCCACACGUAUUUAACUUGUCAGCCUGUUUUUCUUGGGAGGCAGAACCUACCAGAUUCCAUGAUAAAACCACAACCCUGUUUACAAACAUUGGACACAGUUACCCAAGAGCUAUACUGUCCUGCACAAGCGGGGCCAGGCCUGUGUACUCGGCUAUAGCCCUGGAUUCUGGGGGCCUCAGCUCCAAAUGAGCUGGGCGUUGGCCACUGUGCUCAGAGGCUGACCGGGGGUGGCAGGGCAGCCACAUGGUGGGGGACCAUCCCCUACGUGAACACAAAUGCCAGGAAAGACCAGUCUCCCCCACAGGCUGUGUCCAGCAUGGGCCAUGGGUGCUGCUCAAAGGGCACCCAGCACUCAGGGAGCCCCCGCUAUUCACUGGGCCCUGUGUGGGAGGCAGAAGUGAUGUGGCAGACUGGCUGUCUGCCCUCACGGAGCCUUCUCUGCAUGUACAGUUAUCUACUCUGCGGGGCAGGCCUGUGUGGAAGGGCAACAGAGGCUGUGUGGGGGCCUGGAAGAGGAGGGUGGUGCUAGGCUACUCCCUCUACUGGGAAAUUCUUCUUCCUCGUUCAGAGAAUGUCUACCCAUUCUGUAAGAUCAGCUGCCACCCUGCGGUCCCACCACACUUGGCUCAGCACUGUGCUGGGUCUGCUGCUUCUCUCUGGACCAGGGUGGCUCAAGGACAGGGACCCCCAGCACUAAGCAUCCAGCAGGGGCAGAGAGGUGUCCAAUGGCCGAGUGAAUGACCCUGGCCGAGAGGAAAGUGAAAGGCCUUCCUGGCCUGGGGCACUGAGGUGCUUCGGCCUGGCCUUGUGAGGUCCUCAGCAGCUGAGUCUGCUGGUUCUGCACAGGACCAGGUCCUCCUAGACUCCAUAGCCCCUGGCACAGGCCCAGGGAUGAGGAAGGCGCUGCUCAGCCUGACAUGAGAGUCGUCCCUGCCUAGCAUGGCCAUGGCCUUCCUGCCCAGCUCAGCCUCGGUGAUGAACAAUGAUGCCCCUGCUGUGCCACUUCUGGGCUCUCUAGGGUCCCACACUCUGCUGCAGAGGCCCAGGCUGGCUGCCUGUUGGGGUGGGCGCUACCUCCGGAGGGUGGAGGGUGGAGGUGAAGGGAAGGGACUGAGACUGAGGGUGGCCCUGUGGGGCCUUGCUGGAGUGGCGGUGGAGACCACGCACAUCUGAGCAUCUGGGUGAGUGGGGGCUGCAGACAAGCCUGGGGCAGGCUGGGAGAAGGCUUUCCCCAGCCUGGCUGGCCUGGGGGAUUGGGAAGGUCUGCAAACCAAGCUCUGGGGCUCCCUGAGGUUCCAGGAAGAACCCUGCCUGUCCCAGUAAAGGUGGAUCCAGGAUAGAAUUGGGCUUGUCCACCUCAGCUGCCACCAGAAGCUGCCCCCUCAGCUCCUAUCUGUUCCCCUCUGCCCCACUGGAGCUUCUGAAGCCACUUCCCUCCUUCUGGGACAUCUGCAGGCCAAGGUAUGUUGUUCUCUGUCUCCCAUUAGCAAGGCCUGCAGUGUUGCUCUGAGCAGCAUCCUCCAAUAUGGUGCCCCUGCUCCACAGGGGUGGACAGGUAGGUGCCGGGGCGGGGGCGGUCACAGACUUGAUCAACACUGUGAAAAGCUCUCACUCUCAGGAAAGCUCUCAAAAGCAGAGCCUGCAGCAGAUCGGUCUCUGCACCCCAGUGCCUGGUAUAGCUUCUGGCCUCAAGCAGGUUUCAGGUAAGGCUUGAAUGAGUGAUGGAGGGAGACAGGUGCUGGCUUGCAGAAGGUGCUGUGGGAUAGAAGGCACUGAGCUGGGUCUUGAAUGGACAGGGUGAGCCAUCAGCCAUGGAGGAAGGGCCGUUCACAAGCAGAGACUUGAGGUAGGGAAGCACAGAGUGACCAGGGACACUACAGCUGGGGCAGUUGGGUGGGGGACGAUGGAGGGAAGACAUCAAGCAGGGAGGAGGAGAAAAAGGUAACGCAGAGAAAGGCAGGACCCUGGCAGCAAUUGCACUGCAAUUGCUUUAGGUGUUUCUAGAAAUCCAGCAUUCUUCUUCCCCAGGCAGCACCUACCAGGGAAAGCAGAAGUCUGCAAGCCCCAGUGACUGGCCCUCUCCUGGUCUGGAAAGAGGAACAGAGGGAGGCCAGUAGGGCUGGGUGGUCUCACGAUCACAAGAACACAUUUCCCAGGUAUCUGGGCAGUGAUGGGAUUGUCAGUCUGGAAGUCACCUCGAAGGAGAAAUGACCAUGUGCCUCAGACAGAACAGACCCCAGGCCCUGGGGUGAAGCAUGAUCACCCAUGAGCUCAGGGUCCCUGGUUGUGGAGUCCAGGGCCACUGGGUGGCAGGGCCAGGAGGAGCAGCUGGGUCUGCACAGGGUGACACCAUGCAGUGGUGGUGACGCUGAGCAGGGCCUGGUGAGUACUUGCUGGGUGAUGGCUGCGUGCUGGCACGGCACUGGCAUGUCACACUCCUCAUUGCUUUUUAGUUUUGAGAGACGUGCGGUGAGGUGACCUGCCCGGUAGAGGGAGGCUAAUCUUAUCUGACAUCUGACAUAGGCCUGUCCUGUCUCGAGUUGGUUCCCAGCCCGUGUAUUGGGCUCACCUGGAGGCUUUAAAAACAUACUGAGGCUUAGGCUUCACGCCCCGAGCUUCUGAUUCAAGAGUAUGUUUUUGCCUUCUUGUUCUCUCUCCCAAAGUGUCCAUAUCUGCGCUCAGAGCUCAAAGAAAUUUACUGAAAAAAAUAAAAUUAAGUAACGACAGCUCGAAGAGCCAGCAAUUUAUGCAAAUGAAUGCAAAUAAACACACACUUCCAUACAUAUGUUUAUGCAAAUAUUCUUGUGGUCCUUGCAAAUUGCUCACCCGCCUGCAAGCAGCCACCUACGGAUUCUUGGUGAGAACCCUGGGCACAGUGCCUGGGUUAAUGACAGGUGGCAUCAUGACCUCCCUGAACAGACAUCUCCAUUAGCAAACUCACCCCAGAGUCCCCCAGGGAACCUCACUGAGCCUGGCUCUGCCCACAACAGCCCCCUCCCCUACUCACUCAGGACUCAGGGCUCCCUCAAGGCCACUGGCCAGGGGGGCAUUGGGAGCAACUGCCCAGUAGGCACUCCAAGGGCUGAGCAGGGCGGGGGGGGGGGGCGGCUGGCAACGUCCAGGUGCCUGAGAGCUGCUGGGAGGAUAGCUGUGACCACCAAGGACUGGGCUGCCUUUACCCCUGUGCCAGUCUGGGUGGGCCAGCCUGUGGCUGAGCACUUGACUUCGGGUGCCCACAUGUGCUGUCUGCCUGACUACACCUUCUGGCUCACUUUCCUAAAGCAGGAGGCACUGAACUUCAGAAGUAAACUUGCUCAGUCACGAUCAGAGGUGAGUACCCUAUGCCCAUUUCCUCAAUGGAUGCUCCCUGCGCACCCAGCUCUAAUUCGCAGCCCUUUCUGCUGGGCUUUGUGGAACAGUCAUGGCCUCCAUAACUUCAAGGCACCCUUGCUUUCUUGCUUCCAGGAUAAGCAACUUCUGCAACCUGCUGGCUUUUGGCCUUGCUCCCCGAGAAAGACUGAGAGGAACUGCUCCCUCCCCGCAGGCUCACUGCACACUGGGGUGUCCUUCCGAAGCCAAAGCUGGACACACUUCCCUAGCUGCUGCCUGGGGUGGAGGGAGCUUGGCAAGGGGUUGGGAUGUGGCUCUGAAGAUCCACCUGACACCUGUGCCCUGGUUUUGGGGAUCCUAGCUCAGCCUGUCUUAGGCAGCCUUGAAAAGACACAUACAGCUUGCUAUUUCUCCACGUGCUGCAUCUGGGAUGUGGAUGCCAUAAUCAUUUGGGAGGCUCUGGGGAGCUGGAAUGUGAGCCCUGUGAGGGCAGGGAGUUUGGUUUGUUGCGCAGGGUAGGUGCUCAGUACAUUUUGUUGACUGAUGCAUAGAAUGAGUGUCUCCUCCACACACCUAUGCCUCAAUAUUCUCACCAGUUGUCCUUGUGACUUCAUGCACAACUUUGGAUGAGGUGUGGGACUCUCUCCAUCAUGAUACUCGCCUCCAACGGGGCAAGACAGACAGUGCACUUUUAUAGGGCAAUUUUAUUCUUUAAUUAUCUCAGGCUGGCCCUCCAUCUCCUCAGCUGUUCUGGGCUGUUUGGGAGAUUCCCUGUUGCUCCCGUCACUCUGUGGUUGUGGGAAAAGGGACAAAGGAGAUAAAUGUAACUCUUCUGGAGGGGAAGGGGCGUGAUUGGCCCUGGAGCCUCCCAGCUGGCUGGUGGUGGGCUCUGCCAAUGACUCUGGGGUCUGUCCCACGGCAGGCUGCUGUCCUGAGGGACCAGCCCUCACCCACGUGCUAGCCCUGGGCCAGGCCAGCGCUGGGCACAGUGAGUGCUGCCCUCCCCUUUGUGGAAAACUGGCUGGAAGGGGAGAGGUGCAGGGAGGGCCCACUGGAUAGAUUUUUAUGGUCAAUCGGACUCAUCAAACUGAUGAUAAACAAACCUAGGACUGUUAGGAAACAUCUAUCCCCAUCGCCUGGCGCUGGGCAAACGUGUUCUGUGGGGUGAUCUUGCUCAGGGCCCAAGGACCCAGGGUGGGUCACCCAGGGUCUAGAGUUGACAGCCCAGGCCAGUCCAAAGCCCAGAACCCAGAGACAGGAACAAACUCAGAAUUUUUAUAUCUACAGCUCAGAGCUUAAAAUUUAGAACCCAGUGCCUCAGCCAGAGACCAGUGUUUGACAUAGUUCAACCAGAAGCUAAAGUCGACGGAAAAUCCUGGCGCCAAAAUAUAUGGACAGAGUCCCGAGAACCCUCCCAGCCCCCAGUGUGCUGGAAAGUUCCCUCUGCUGCCUUGCGCCCUCUGAUUGGCACCUGACAGUGUGCAGCGUAUUAAUUAUGGUCAGAGCUUUUCAACAUGCAAUAAAAAGCCUUUUAAAAUGUUCCGAUGGGAGGUGAUUAACUCUAUUAAGUGGCGUUAUGGAUCUUCCUAUCUGUUGCUUUCAUAAACCUAGUUGUAGGCGCAAUGUUUUAUUAUGGGCAUAAAAAUGUCUCGCAUUACAACGCAUAAGCGCAUAUUGAUGUUAUAUUUCUUUACUGUGCUACGCGCCCCGGUCCCCAACCACUCGGAAAAGAAACUACACGUCUUAAUAAUUUAUGUUACAAGUUUUAACCAGGAUUAUCAAUGGCAGCUUUUGAGCUUUCUCUUUUGGCAACACAAUAGAUCAUAGUAAAAAUGC